AUGAAGACGAGCGACGAUCUGAGAAUCUGGGGUCCAACGCGAUCUCCACCGGUGUGGAGUAUGAUCUACACCAGCCGCCGGAUUCGCAUCAGGCUGAGGCUCGUUAACCUUAGUUUUAAAGUCACACCUGCGGCCACGUCGGGGGGUCUGACCGCUUCUUUCUCGGCGGCACCAAGGGCUGUGAUCAACGGGCAACCGGCGGACAACCAGCGGACAACCAAUCGAGUUCAGCAUGAACCUUUGUCCGAGACUCGGUUCGAAGGCGCCAUGACCAUGACGGGAAGACCCCAAGCUGCAAGGUCCCGGAACGGCUGCAUCACCUGCAAGAUUCGUCGAGUGAAAUGUGACGAGCAGAAGCCGGAGUGCAACCGAUGCGUGUCCACCGGACGGACUUGCGACGGAUACCAGGAUGGAUCCCAGUCGCCGACGCACCGGUCCUGCUCGUUGCGAAUCAUCCAACAUAUUCCCCCGGGCCGAAAGCCCCCGUCUGCCGUGCCGCUGACUGCCGCUGAGCUUCGUUGUCUGGAGUUCUUCCACCACUAUACCCUCCCGAGCUUAGGACCAGAAGUAGGCUCGUAUCUGCUGCAAGCGACGAGCAGUGAGCCGGUCAUCCGAUCAAUCGCGCUGGCCGUGGGCUCCGUGCACCGGUCCUUUGCUUUCUUCAGCGACGAAGACACCACCUUUACCUUGACUCACUACAAUAAAGCCAUCCGACAGCUGGUGGGGACGCAGCAGGACAGAAACCUCGUGCUCCUGGCAUGCAUCCUGUUCUUUUGCUGCGAGUGUCUGCAAGGCCGCUACAGGACCGCCAUUCAGCAUGCCUUAUCAGGCAUUCGCAUUCUCCAGCAGCAACAGGUGCUCUCCGAGGCCUCUUCCGAGAAGGCCCCACCAGCGGUGGCCACCCUCUUCCAUGCCGUGCAAAACCAGGUGCUCGAGAUCGAGGGCAUGGACGGGAUGGACCCUGAGUCGCAGCCCAGGCUCUCCCCAUCCGCUGCAACGUUAGCCCUACUCAGUCAGCCACUAAACAUCACGGACCACCAACGCAUCUUCCGACAAUUGUACCAUCGAUUCAUGCAGAUCGACGCACUAGCCGAGGCGUUCGAGAUGACUCCCCACGACCACUCCCCGGCCCGCGUUGCACACGAACAACAGUUGCUGACGGAGUGGUUCCGGGUCCGCGCGGACCUGAAAGGCUGGAUGCAGGACUUCGACCAUCAGAUCAUCCAUGCAUGGCAGACCGACCCCACCACCGGAUCGCUGCGCGCCAAGUCCACCGCCAUCCUCCAGGCCUGGAAGCUGCUAUUCGACAUGUACUUCCGGAUGGACUGGCCCCCGUCUGAGCUGGCGUGGGAUCCGUUCAUCCCCGCAUACCCCCUGUGGUCAGUCCCUUCCACGGACCACACCGGCAACAUGCAAGGUCUUCGGCCCAGUGCCGCACUCCCCUCCCAGCCCACAUUCACUCUCUCUCUCGGCUUCCUCACCCUCCUCUACAUCUGCGCCACCCGCUGCCGCGACUCCACGAUCCGCCGCCGCGCGCUCCGGCUGCUGGAGACUUGUCGCCGCCGCGAAGGCGUCUGGGACUCGGAUCUGGCCGGCCGGGUGGCGCGUCGGCUCAUCGAAAUCGAGGAACAUGCUGCCGGGUUGGCGCCGGAUGCUGCCUAUUCGCCAGCCGACAUCAGCCUGGAUGCGCGGGUGCGGUCCUCAUCGCCGCAGUUUGGGGAGGGGAGGGAGGCCCGACUGCGGUAUAUUGGCGGUAGUUGCCAGUCUGAGGUGGAACCGGUGGAAGAGACGAUCCUCUGGUGACUCUGUCUUAAAUUACCGGAUACGUUGGGAGGUCUUUGAAGGACACGAGUUGUGCUUUCGUGUUUGUCACUCUAUAGCCAAUUCGUUAUGAUAAUAAGGUCAGGUCAAGAUCAGACCUUAAUGGCCAAGCUUUUAUUGACGGCCCAUUUCACAGAGCUUGGUUGCGCUCAC